AGUAGUUCUAGACAUACUUCGAGGAGAGAUUUGUUGUUGCAUUUGAAGUGUUGCACAAGCGUGAGAUAUAAACAGGAGGGGUCCGAUUGGGUAAAGGGUCAUAACUGGGGAACUGAGGAUCAUCUGACAGAUUCAGGCCAGCAGCCAUGAAUCCACAGACCAGCUACAGCAGCAGUAUGAUGUUCCAGUCCAUAAAUGAGGAUUUAACCGCCUCUCUGGCUGUGGCGGAUGAAUUGUCCCGGGAGUUCAGCAGCUUGAUGCAGGAGUGCACGCCCAGUGUUGCAGAGCCGAGGCCUCAGACAGUGAGCUCAGGAGCAAGUGCACAGAUGACUCCCAACAGCAGUCUGCCUGAUUCUUCAGACAAAGGAGGAGAAAGCAGUAUUUCCCAGUCCCUGCCGUACAUGCCCGUCUCACAGGUGUCUGAGCCCAGCCCCCGGCCAGUAGACUCUGUGGUCACCAGCAGCAAAUACAAUCCAUCCUCUCCGCUCUUCUCCCCCCGCCAGUUCACACCUCCACAGACUCGCAAAAACAGAUUAUCCAGCUCCUAUCGCUCCGGCUCCGAGUCCUCCUAUGGACAACUGACACCCCCCAACCAAUCACCACAGGCCCAGAGACGGAUGUCCCCUGCUCAUUUGACUCCGUACGACAGCAGCCGCAUUUCUGGCUACGUGGAACGAAGCCCCUCCCCGAAUCCCAGCUAUGACCAAUCAUCUCGUUUCACGCUGCAACCCGCACCCUACAGUUCCGGCAGCAUGGGCCGCAGGUCCCCAAGAAUGGACAGGAGCCCCUCCCCUCGCUCUUUCAGCCAGCCAGCCUCAAGCACACUGCCACGCAACUUUAUGCCCUUCAGGCCACCUGAUGAGGGCUUACAGAGACAGAAGAGUCCUGCCCAGUGGAACGAGACUGAUCUGGAUGUGGCGUACGAGAGGAAGCCCCACCACACCUAUGACAAGACAGAGUGGCUGAGGCCCUCAGUGCCGAACAGCAACUGGAGGGAGUCCAACCUGGAUGCCCCACCACCUACGUCCAGAAAGGAUUCUCAUGCCCGUCCACACCACCCCAGCUACACCUCCCUCCCACGUAACGCCCGUUUGGCGGUGCUCCCUGACGGCUCCUCCUCGCCCCACAGCUCCUCGCCCUACAGCCCCCAGCCCAUCAUAUCCCGUAUCUCCAUCCCGCCCUCCACCCCCCAGGCCCGCCAGCACCGUCCCAUCCCCCUCUCUGUCAUCAUGCGGCUGCAGAACCCCUAUGGUUACCAAGCCUCCGCCCACUACCCCCGAGGGCAGGGAGGUGACAGUAACAGCGCCAUGUACAGGCAACCUUUACUGCUGCCCCGGGAGUACCUUCCCCAGCCAGCCCCACCUGAGCAGAGACAGCCCGCGGUCUAUGGAGAAGUACUGAAUCCCGAGGAUGUGGACGCUGAGCUGGAAAGACUGGACCCAAUCAGAGAGCAGGUGGCCUCAGAGGGAGGGGAUGAGCAGCAGGGCGGAGACCCAGCCGCCAUCCCCCGCCCCCUCAGCCCCACCCGCCUGCAGCCCGUCGUAGCCCCUGAGAUCAAGGAGGUUCCCGACCGACAGGAGCUGCUCCGCCUGCGAGCCGAGAUUCCUCGGGCACUGAAGAGGCGGGGCUCUGUCGAUCAGUCGCAGCCCCUGACGAAGGUUCCCCUCAUCCCGCCAAACCAGUACAAGCAGAUCAUCAGCAAGCUGUUCCGCAGAAAGGGGAUCCGCUACAAGGGGGAGCAAGGGAGUGAGACCAGCAGCUCGUCAGACGGAGAGGAGAGCCCCACUCCGCCGUCCCCGGCAUCUCCACCCCACUCCCCCGCACAGGUCACACCUGAGCAAAAGGGCCUCCCCUCCAUCCUGAGGAGACCUGGUAGAGAGCGUAAAAGCUCGGGACGCCAUGCCAAGCUCAGCCCGUUGGUGUUGCUGUUGGAUGGUGCCUUGGUUGGAGAGCUUGACACUGUUCAGAGAGCUGUGCAGGAGAUGAGCGACCCCAGCCAGCCGAAUGAUGAGGGCAUCACUGCACUGCACAACGCAAUCUGCGGGGGGCACUACGCCGUUGUCGACUUCCUUGUGCGGAUCGGGGCCAAUGUCAGUGCGCCCGACAGCCAUGGAUGGACUCCCCUGCACUGUGCGGCUUCCUGUAACGACCAGGUGCUGUGCGAGUACCUGGUGAGGAACGGCGCAGCGGUCAUGGCAGUGACGGAGAGCGACGGGGCCACGGCCUCCCAGAAGUGCGACCCCUUCGCUGUCGGCUAUGAGGAGUGUGAGAGCUUCCUGAGAGGAGUGGAGGAAGCCAUGGGUGUGGAGAACAGCGGGGUGCUGUACGCACUGUGGGGGUACCCCGCCCAGGCCCCCGACGAGCUGAGUUUCAAAGAGGGGGACAUGGUGACCAUCCUGCAGAAGCCAGAGGGAAUGGACUGGUGGUGGGCAUCACUCUGUGGGAGAGAGGGAUUCGUCCCAAACAACUAUUUUGGGCUCUUCCCAAAGGUUCGGCCUAAAUCGCUCUGCUAGACUGCAACCAGCGGGGGUCUCUCAGCCUUAAUGGCUUGUUGUGACAUGAGGGGGAACUGCAUCUGGUCCCUUGCAGAUGCCAUAUCUCAACCACACUGUGUGCAUGCAGCAGAAAUAAUUUACUCUGUGCAUUACACAGGAAAAUGUCAAACAGAAAAUAGUAGUAUCAGUACUAAGGUGCAUCAUAAAUACUAGCAAACUCGCCAUUAGCGUUAGGUAUCUACUUAUGUCAUCUGAUGAUGAAUUGUUUAAGAUGUCAGUAUUUCCAGGCUCAAACUGUGGUACUGUUUUUAACAAAAAGAAAGAGACGGUAAGACAUUCUUCCUGUGUCAUGUUUCGGAGUUCAGGAAUGGAGGACUGAGAGAGAGAAAACCGUCCAUCAUGUGAAAGUGAGGUUCUGCAGCCUUUAGUCAUUGCAGUUUUCAGACUCCAGACAUGGGAUGGGACAAAGGUUUUAUUGCUGCUGGUGUGCUCUGAAAGGCAUGAAGCAAGUAAUGCAACAGAAAUGAGAAAAGGAGGGAGCCAAAAGAGUUUUUAUGUACUGCGUGAAGAUAUGAAUCAGGGGUACUCAGCUCCGGUCCUGGAUGAAUGCAGCCAGGCAGUUUUCCAGCUCUUUUUAAAACCACUAACACUCUGAAGUUUGGAGGGGAGACAAAAUGGUUCAACCAGGACAGUGAUGAGCUGAAUCUGGUGGUCCAGUGCCUUUGUCUGGAAUGAAAGUGCAAACACUGCAGCCUUCUGGGACUAGGGUUGAAUGGCCCUGGUGUAAAACUGUAUUAGGUCUCUUCCUGGUAAACUGUAUUCAGUUGAUCUUCAUCUGUCUUUCUGUGAUUGUUGUGUUUUUCCGUAUGUCUGAUUGUUGAAUGGUAAGAGUGGUAAAUUCAUUCAUUCACUAAACUCAUAAAUUCACUUCACUUUGGGAACUAUAUAAUGAGGAACAUGUUGAUGUCACGACUCCCCCACUGGGGAGGCUCCUCCCAAAAAAAAGAUAAAAAUGGAAAUCUAUUUUUGUAACAGACCUAAAAGUGUCCCAAUUGACUUGUCUAAGCGUUGAUUGUACGGUGUACAUCAGAAAGAGAGAGGGUUGUGCAUGUGUUCUUUAGUGGUCAGUUGUGUUUUGAACUCUCUGAGAAGUGUAGGACCAUAAGGAGCGUAGGAGUUUAAGACUUGCGGUCUGUCAGUAUUUUUGUUGUCAUUCCCCCUCUCAGUUUGAUCAGUAUACUAUUUGAGCUAAAUUUACUGAACUGCAGAAGUAUCAUAUCUGACAGAUAUUUACAUGAGGUGUGUGAGCCCAGAGGCGUUCUCUACCUGAUAAUCAAUCUGAUUGUUUUCUCAGACAGUGUUGGCUUGCUAAGCAUUUCCUGGGGUAUCUUACGUGGUAAUUGAAAGUGGUAUUGCUGGCAUAGCUGUCAUUCCUGUUUUUGUCUACAAUUUCCUUUAUGUGCCACCUGUUUUCCAAUUUAAAAUGCCAAAGGACAUGCCAAUCUGUACAGAAAGGCCAUAUGUUCAUAGUUUGAGGAUUUAAGCAGUCCAUUGCGUGUUUGAUUUUGUGUGUGUGUGUGUGUGUGUGUGUGUGUGUGUGUGUGUGUGUGCCUGCGUACAUAUGUGUGUUUGUCUGUAUGUGUGUCAAUGUCUAUAUGCCCCCUCACUCCUUCUUCUCAUUUCAGCAUACUGUAACGUAUGUGAUGUGUGUGCAAGUGUGUAAGUAAACAAAAUGCAUUCCUCUGCUGGUGUUUUAUAUGGUUAUUUUAUAGCACUUAUGACAAUGCAAACUGUGUUCAGUGUGCGAGCAUGUGUGUUGCUUCUUAUCAUGGGCUUUGUUACAAAUGGUCAAUUGGAAGAUAACUGUUUAACACAAGUAGAAUGUAACUACUUAAAUAAACAAACAAAA